AUGGCAGCUGAAGCGUUAUACGAUCGGGCAUCUCUCAGGUGUUCCCUUUGUCUGGAUGUCUUCAGGAACCCAGUCAUUAUUCCCUGUGGACACAUGUUCUGUAAGGAAUGCAUUACAGGUUUGUGGGAUAAGGAUGUGUGCAGAUGUCCUCAGUGCAAACACACUUUUCCCAACAGACCUGUUAUCAGUGACUGGCUGCAGAUGAAGGAUCUUUCUGAGAAACUGAUGAAGAUGAGACCAAAGGAGGAGGAUGAUGAAGAUGCUGAAGCACAUGAAGUGAGCUGUGAUUCCUGCACCUCCAGAAGAACCAAAGCAGUGCAAUCCUGCCUCACCUGUGUCUCCUCAUUCUGCAGAAAUCACCUGGAGAAGCACAAUGAUCUCCACGGAUGGAGAAAACACCUUCUGACCGAAGUCACGGAUCUUCAGAGCAAAACCUGCUCUCUUCAUGGGAAACUGCUGGAUGUGUUCUGUCGCACUGAUCAGAAGUGUGUCUGUGUGCUGUGUGCUAUACAUGAACACAAGAAGCACGACAGCGUCUCAGCUUCAGAGGAAAGAGCAGACAGACAGGGAAAGUUAAUGGAAACCCGUGAGAAGUUUCAGCAGAACGUCCGAGACAGAGAGAAGGAUCUGAAAGAGCUAAAGCAGGCAGAAGAGUCCAUCACAUGUUCAGCGCAGACGGCAGUCUCUGAAAGUGAGCGCAUCUUCAGUGAAGUGCUGUCCUCCGUUCAGAAAACAAGCUUCCGUGUGAAAGAACUGAUCACAGAGCGACAGAGAGAUGAACUCAGUCGCAUCGAAGGACUUCAGGAGAAAGUCCAGCAGAAGAUCUCUGACCUCAGGAUGAAGGAGUCUGAGCUCGGUCAGCUCUUGACCACUGAAGACCACAUUCACUUCCUGCAGAAUUAUCCAUCUGACUGUGAAGAAUCCAUGUCUAAAGAAUACGAAGAUCUUUCCAACAUUUAUGAAAAUCCAAAAGCUUUUUUUCACAAUGUGGAGCUGCUGCUUUCUGAAAUGCAAGAGCGAUUGCUGGAGGUCACCAAAGAGACCGAGAUCAAGAUCAGAUCUGGAGAAGCAACAGUCCAGAUAAAGUCCUGUCCAGGUCCUGCUCAGCGGGACCAGAAGGAUGUUUUCCAUUUUGGGGAAUCAGUGGCAGAAUUUACCUUCAGUUUCCAGCACGUUCCCCUUAAAUCCACAUCUGUGGAGGCUUCUGGCUCAGCUCAUGAAGAAGAAAGAUGUAAACAUGAAACCCAAGAGUACUAUAAGCCGGUUGUGCUGUUACCUAAUCUGGUUGAGAUCUCGACUGGAGAGGAGAAUGAGCAAGUGGUUUUCAGUCACAGAGCCAAACUAUAUCGCUAUGACAAAGAAUCACCGCAGUGGAAGGAAAGAGGCGUAGGUGAGCUUAAAAUACUUCAGAACAACGACAGCAGACGUGCAAGACUCGUGAUGAGGAGAGAGAAGGUCCUGAAGUUGUGUGCAAACCACUGGAUCACUCCAAACAUGAAGCUGGAGCCGAUGAAAGCGUCUGAGAAAGCGUGGACAUGGAGCGCUCUUGAUUUCGCUGAUGGAGACAGCAGCGUUCAGACAUUAGCAGCACGGUUUAAACUGCAGGAGACAGCAGACGCUUUCAAGAAACGCUUUGAAGAAGCAGCGGCCGCUUCAUUCACUGGAGCAGAGACACCUGAGACAGAUGAAGAUUUUGAAGUAGCUGUCAGAUCUCUGAAAGGAAAGUUGUAUCCUGAUGCAGUCGGCGAUCAUGAUGCUGGAGCUGCAAUAGAGACACAAAAUCACAGAGAGGAAGAGAACAGUGAUGAUGAUGAUGAUGAUGAUGAUGAAGCAGUUAAUCGUGUGGAGCUUCCAUCGGUUGAGGAGAAUGAAGAGGAGAUGUUGUUCGACGAAUGCACCAAACUUUUCCUCUGGGACUGUGAUGUUAAGAAGUGGAAAUCCUGUGGUGCAGGACACAUUAAGGUGCUCCUCCAUCCGGUGAAGAAGCGUUACCGUGUGUUAAUGUGUCGAGAGGGCGAUGAAAAGCUGCUGGUCAAUCACUGCAUUACCAGAAGCACUCAUCCUAAACCUGUGAGCACCAAUGCAAACGCAGUGUCCUGGACGGCUGAAGACCCCUCAGAUGGAGAUGCUGAAGUUCAGCAGUUUGGUGCCAAGUUUACGACUCGGGGUCUGGCAGAUUCCUUCAAAAAAACCUUGACAGACUGUCAGUGUCUCACGAUCGGAAAAUAAAGCUGUUCAAACUUCAAA